AUGGCCGCCGGGGAUUUGGCAGUAGGAACGAUCUUCUUAUUACAGACUACAUUUGGAAUCCUGGGGAAUUUCUUUCUUCUUUGCCAUUAUCUCUUCCUUCAUUUCACUGAGUGUAGGCAAAGGUCCACAGAUUUGAUUAUCAAGAACCUGAUUGUAGCCAACUUAUUUGUCCUGUUCUCUAGCGGAAUCCGCUAUACAUUGUCAGCUUUCGGAUGGGAUUCUGUCCAUAGUGAUUUGGAAUGCAGAUUUUUGCCCUAUGUUCGUGCAGUGGGUAGGGGUGUGUCCAUUGGCACCACCUGCCUCUUGAGUGUCUUCCAGGCCAUCGUGAUCAGCUCCAGGAACUCCAGGUGGGCAGGGAUUAAAGUGAAAGCUCUGAAGUGCGUCGUCCCUUCAAUUUCCCUGUGCUGGAUUCUGCAAAUGCUGGUAAAUAUCAUUUACCCUAUGUUUUUGACUAUCCAUAGGAGCCACAAAAAUGUCACAAGCAGAAAAAGUGUUGGAUACUGUUCUGCUGUGCGUCAUGAUAAAACCAGAGACUCAUUAUAUGCAGCAUUGCUGUCAUUCCCUGAUGUUUUCUUUUUGGGGCUCAUGUUCUUGGCCAGUGGCUCCAUAGUUUUCAUCCUAUACAGGCACAAACAGAGAGUGAAACAUCUUCAUAAGACCAAUGUCUCCCUCAGAACCUCCCCUGAGUCCAGAGCUACCAAAACCAUCCUUCUCCUGGUGAGCACCUUUGUCUUUUUUAACACCCUUUCCUCCAUCUUUCAUGCAAUUUUGGCUCUUGUUAAUAAUCCCAACUGGCUCCUCUUGAAUGCCACUUCCUUAAGCACUCUGUCUUUCCCAAGUCUCAGUCCCUUUCUGCUCAUGAGCUGUGAAUGCAGUGUACGCAGGGUGUGCUUUGCCUGGAUAAAAAAUACAAAAUCCCUUCAGGUGGCCCAGUUGUGUAGUGGUUAA